GUUCGGGUAUUCGGCACCAAAUUUACAAAAGUUGGCUAUCAAAAUCUUAAGUUUAACAUGUAGUGCGUCUGGAUGUGAGCGUAAUUAGAGUGUAUUUGAACAAAUUCAUUCUAAGAAGACAAACCGACUUGACCACCAAAAAAUGCAUGAUUUGGUUUUUGUAAAGUACAACCAAGCUCUUAAAGCUCAUUAUGAUAUGUGAGACGAGAUUGAUCCUAUUGUUCUAAAUGAGAUUGAUUUCGAUAAUGAGUGGUUGGUUGGAGAAAGUGGUGAAGUUGAAGAUGCUCAUAAUGAUUUGGUUUUUGAAAAUGAGAAUCUGACUUGGGGAGAUGUGGAGAGAGCAUCAGGGGCAAGAGAAAUUAGAACUUAUACUAGGGGACAAGCAAAAAGAAAUACCACUGCAGCCUUCACCUCUCAAAUUCCAGCACUAACUUUUAGAACUCCAGCCACAACCCCUAGUGUUGAUGCAAUUUAUGCUACUAGAAUUAGUGAAGAAGCUCAUAGUUUAUUAGAUCUUGAAAAGUCAGAGGAGGAAGAAGAGGAGUUUGAGCCUGGUGGAACAAGUCAGAAAAACAAGGAUGAUGAUGAUUUGGUGGCUGAGCAAGAAGAAUUAGAAGCAGAAGAGAGUGAUGAAGAUUAUUAAACUCUUGAAUGAUUU